AUGGCAGCUGCUGAGGCGGCGGCGGUGGUGUUGUCGUCCUGUUUGAAACCAGACCCAGCCCCAGUCCCCGAAAGUGCAGGGACAGCUGCAGCAACGGCCGCCACAUCCUCAGCGAUGGCUGCAGUCGCGGCGGUUGCGGCCGCGGCCAGGACCGGAUCCGAAGCCAGGGUCUCGAAGCCCGCGUUGGCUACUAAGCUGCUGUCCCUGAGCGGCGUGUUCGCUGUGCACAAGCCCAAAGGGACCACUUCAGCCGAGUUGCUGAAUCGGCUGAAGGAGAAGCUGCUGGCAGAAGCUGGAAUGCCUUCUCCAGAAUGGACCAAGAGGAAAAAGCAGACUUUGAAAAUUGGGCAUGGAGGGACCCUAGACAGUGCAGCCCGAGGAGUCCUGGUGGUUGGAAUUGGAAGGGGAACAAAAAUGUUGACCAGUAUGUUAUCAGGGUCCAAGAGAUAUAUUGCCAUUGGGGAACUGGGGAAGGCUACUGACACGCUAGAUUCUACAGGGAAAGUAACAGAAGAAAAACCUUAUGAUAAAAUAACACAAGAAGAUAUUGAAAGCAUUCUACAGAAAUUCACUGGGAAUAUAAUGCAAGUACCUCCCCUCUAUUCUGCAUUGAAGAAAGAUGGCCAGAGGCUUUCAGCUUUGAUGAAGAGAGGUGAAGAAGUGGAAGCAAAGCCCGCCAGGCCAGUUACUGUAUACAGUCUCUCCCUUCAGAAAUUCCAGCCACCAUUUUUCACUCUAGAUGUCGAAUGUGGAGGAGGUUUUUAUAUCAGAAGCUUGGUCAGUGACAUUGGCAAAGAACUCUCUUCCUGUGCCAAUGUGCUAGAGCUGACGCGAACCAAGCAGGGACCAUUCACCCUGGAGGAGCAUGCCCUGCCCGAGGACAAGUGGACGAUUGAUGACAUUGCACAGUCUCUCGAGCGGUGCUCAUCUCUUUUCCCAGCAGAGCUGGCACUUAAAAAAUCAAAACCUGAGGAGUCUAAUGAGCAAGUUUUGAGCUGUGAGUAUAUAACUCUGAAUGAGACAAAGGGAGAAGACGAUGUAAUUAAGACACUUUAA